AUUACUUCAAAAUAUAAUUAUGAUGAAAUUAUAGCCGGCUGACAGCGGCACCUACAUUUGUCAAGCGCCCAGAUAUCUAGGACAACCAGGAUCCGAGUUGAGAGUGUCACUCAGCGUCGAUGCUACACCGAUCUACAAACCACAACCGCCUGCGUUCGAUUCAUGUAGAGCUCACGAAGCCACCUGUGGCAAUGGACAAUGCAUAUCUAAGACGCAAGUCUGUGAUGGCCGUAGAGAUUGCACCGACGGUUCCGACGAGGAUUCUUGCCAUAACAAUGGCUUGUGCGAACCAAAUCAAUUCCAGUGCGCGAACCGGAGAUGUGUCCUGAAGACAUGGUUGUGCGACUCCGAGGAUGAUUGUAUGGACGGUUCUGAUGAACAGAACUGUGGUGUUGAAAGUAGUCGACAGAUGUGCACCCCUGUGGAAUUCAAAUGUUUGAGCAACGAUCAAUGUGUACCGAAGAGUUUCCAUUGUGAUGGACAGUCGGAUUGCAGAGACGGUUCUGAUGAAAUUGGAUGUGCACCAGUGCACAUUACGAAGCCACCAACCCCUUCAAACAUAAGGCUCACCGUCGGUGAAACGCUAACUUUAACGUGUGAAAGCGUUGGUAUUCCCGUGCCUCUCAUAUCAUGGAGAUUGAACUGGGGACAUGUCCCUUCACAAUGCGUUGCGACAAGCAUUAAUGGAAUCGGAAAACUUAUUUGUCCUUAUAUGCAGCCAGAGCAUAGUGGCGCAUAUUCUUGCGAGGGUAUCAACAAUAUAGGCACAGUGUUCGCUUACCCUGACGCCAUCGUUUUCGUUAGUCAGACCGAUGUGUGCCCUGCUGGAUUCUUUAACAGCGAAGCGCAGUCAGAGAGCGAGUGUAUCCGGUGCUUCUGUUUUGGAGAGUCGACCCAAUGCCGCAGUGCGGACUUGUUUACAUACAACAUGCCGACGCCCCUGGGAGAAGGUGGCACCCGUCUGGUCGACGUCAAGGUGACGAAUGGACAAAUUGAAAUCGACAAGAAAGUCAGCAACCAAUACUUUUAUCAGCCUUUAUGGAAUGGAGCUACUAUUACCAAACUGGACAAUUACGGUAAUAAUUGGUAUCCAUCGUUAACAUCGGACACGCAUCCUUACCUAACUUUACCGGAGACAUACAACGGCAACCAGCUGACGUCAUAUGGCGGGCACAUCAACUACAAUUUCUCCCCGCAUAAACCAGCGAGAUACUCGAGUGAUAGUUCACCAGAGAUUAUUAUCAAGGGCAAAUAUGAGACAUUAGUACACAUCGUUCCUGGUGGCAGACCAAGACAGAUCACCGUUAAAGCCCGACUGACUCCUGAGAAUUGGAUGAAAGUUACCCCUAGCGGACUAACUUCCACGACACGAGAGGACAUAAUGAUGGCUUUGGACAACAUUGAAACUAUUCUCCUGCGUGGAGAUUUUAAUAAUGCCGGCACGAACAUCACUGACUUCUCCAUGGAAUCUGCGCAGCACAUCAACGUUGGCUUGGGAGCCGCAAACCUCGUCGAAGAGUGCACUUGCCCCCCUGGAUAUGAGGGUCUCUCUUGUCAGAAAUGUGCCGCCGGGUACGUUCACGACCAUUCAGGUCCCUGGCUUGGCGCAUGUGUACGAGAAAGGCAAUGUCCGCCAGGAGAAUAUGGUUACCCCAAUAAUGGAAUGGGCUGCAGACCCUGUCCUUGCCCACUCACCAAUCCUGACAACCAGUUCGCAAGGACUUGCUCUGUUGGCCCUGACGGUGAUGUCAUUUGCGAUUGUCUUCCAGGUUACACAGGUCGCAAUUGCGAACGCUGCGAUCGCGGAUACGUGGGUAAUCCUCUGAUACCUGGAGACUCCUGCAAGAUCCCUGUGCCCAGCAAUUGCAACCCCGUAGGCACCUUACGCUCACCUAUGCCAAAUGAAUGUCAAUGCAAGGACCAUGUUACCGGCAGAUAUUGUGAUCAGUGCAAGAACGACUCGUUUUAUCUUUCUGCUGAUUUUAGACAAGGCUGCGCUCUAUGCUUCUGUUCAGGCGUGUCUCAGCAAUGCCAGAGCAGCAAUUUACGCCGCAAGACAAACAACGUUCGUUUCAACUCUCAAGAUAUCGCAGACCAAGUCAAGAUCUAUACCAGUGCACCUUCGUCUCCUGGUAUCGGCGUUAGAUACAAUGCGCCAGUCCUAACUUCCUUGCAACCACGUUUGCUCAGAGGAGAAUUAGGACUGACAGAUUUAGAUAGGUCACAAAAUAACAUUUACUAUUGGAGUUUACCGUUGAGCUUUAUCGGCGAUAAAGUAAAGUCUUACGGAGGUUUCUUACGGUACACACUCAGACAAAUCCCGCCUCCUAAUAGUUACAAUUCUCGUAACAAUGCUGCCGACGUUCUGCUUAUGAGUGUAAGUUACAAUCUUCAUGAU